CGAACAACAAGCGCGUUGUUGUUUGGGCGCAAACACAGCAGCAAACCACACACUUCGCUACAACCAAACAACAACCACGACAGCCAACCAACCCGUCUCGCAUUCUUCCUCUUCCUUCUUUGCCCGCUUCUUCUUGUGACAUCUUCCAACCAACCAACCAACCAACCAACCCUCCUUGCCCACCGCCGUCGCUGCUGCUGUUGUUGUUGCUGUGCAGCCACCAACCAGCCCCGACACGACACCUAUCGCUCCCCCUCGCUCGUUCGCACGACACAUACACCGCUGACCCUAGCAGGCUUCAUCGACUCAGACCACCUUGUUUUCGUUCCUCCACCCUCCCCAACUACGCCAUGGCUUUUCUGCAACACGACAUGACGCCGGUUGAACCGAACGUGGCGUACCAGCCUUCGCAAGGCCAGCCCAUUCGCGAUCACAAGCUCAAGGCACACACCGUCCUCGACGCCAAUGGCGGAUGCAUGAUGCUCGACUCCCCAACAAAGCUCGCCACCAAGUCCGAGGCACCUCCGCCCCAGCCACGUCGCAAGAAGGUGGCCAGUCCAGACCCAGGCUAUGCCAACGUCGGCUCUCACGAAUUUUACACAGGAAAGCAUUCCAGCAAGUACUCGCGCGAACCCACGGGCGGUAUCAAGGCUAUGUUCGACAACCCAAACCGCAUGCAAGAGCAGGCCCGCCGGCAGCGCGAGUUUGAGCGGCAGUACACAAAGGCGAACGCACAGGCCAUCAAGCAGCGGCGCCAGAAGAUGGAGGAGGAGAAGAAGUAUGAGCUCAGCCGCUCCACCUCCCACCUCACCACAGACCCCUGGGAGCGCGAUCGCCCGCGUGUGCAGCCCAAUGCACGCAUUCCGCGCCGCAACCCCGUGACCAAAGGCGAGGUGCACAACCGCUCCAGCGACGACUCGUACGCCGCCAGGGUGUUUGGCAAAGUUGGCGCCGGCGCGCCCAGGCGAGAUGCCAACGGCAACCUGAUCACCAAGCGCAGCAACACCGUCGCCACAUACAGAGACUUUAACAGGGGUGACACAGACUCCUACCUUGGAAAGAGCUUCGGCAAGCGAGAGGCGACCAACCCGCGCCUGAAGGCGUCCGUGUCUGGUAUGAGCAUGCACAACGAGGCUAAGUCCGAGACGUACAACGACAAGGUGUUUGGCAAGGUUGGCGUUGCUGGCCGCCCGCGCCAGACCAACAGCGGCAACAUCGUCGCCAGGCACAAGCGCAUGCUCGAGACGGAGCGCCACCACUUGGACGUGCCUGGUGAUGCGUACAACGACAAGGUGUUCAAACAGAAGCCCGACGUGAAGGUUGUCAACGGCGAGGUGAAGGCCUCGCGCCACACCAUCCAGAACCAACUCGCAAAGUCAAACACUGCCGGUCGCAUCGAGCUCUUUGACCACGUUGAGCAGACGAAGCAGAAGGCGAAGCUGAACAAGCCGCCCAAGAUGUCGCGCGAUGAGGAGUUCAAAGGCCGCAUGCUCCAGCACGCCCCCCUCUCAACCUCCAUCCACAAGUGAAUUGAAGCUGGCACGACUUCCCUUUCGCCCAAACACACCCUGAAGGCUGUCUUCUGCUCUCCCCGUCCCUCACCUUCCCGCCAACACCAUCUGCUUCCUUCCAAACUAUCUCGCCCUUGCGUGUUGUGUCUUGACUGUUGCCCACAGUGUGCGCAUGUUCGCCACAGACACGUGUGUCCAUGUAUGUACGUUCCCCUGUCGCAAUGCGAAUGGCGGCUCGCACCCUAUUUUGUUUUUGUUUUUGUUUGGUUCCUUGAAUCUCCACUGCCGUUGUUUGUCCGACCAGCAAGUGGUGUAGCUGAAUGCGUUUGUUUGUUUGUUUGUUUGUUUGUUUGCUUGUUUGCUUGCUUGUUUGUUUGUUUGUUUGUUUGUGCGCGCGCGUUGCUACUGGUGCUGCUGUUCUCGCAUUCGCAUUUGAGUUGCGACUGAGUUCUCAUUGUCGUUCGUGUUGCUGGACCACCACCUCCACCACCUCCGCCCUUUUCUCGUGCGCAACUUCGUGUGCGUGCUUGUGCAUGUGUCUGUGCCCUUGUUUGCGUCGUCGUCGUGUUGUUGAUUCAACCCCCCCCCCCCCC